AUGCCACCCACGCCGCCGGAGACGGAGACGGAGCCGGAGUUCGCCGAGGUCGACCCCACCGGCCGCUACGGGCGGUACACGGAGGUUCUCGGCAAGGGCGCCUUCAAGACGGUAUACAAGGCUUUUGAUCAACUUGAAGGGCUAGAAGUUGCUUGGAACCAGAUUAAAGCGGGAGAUUUACUUCGGAACAAUGAUGAUUUGGAGAGGCUGAGAUCAGAAGUGCGGUUGCUUAAAACCCUCAAGCAUAAAAACAUAAUAAAGUUCUACAAUUCAUGGCUUGACAGAAGAAACAACAAUAUAAAUUUCAUCACAGAGGUCUUCACAUCAGGGACGUUGCGCCAGUACCGGAUUAAGCACAAGAAGGUAGACAUUAGAGCUUUAAAGAAAUGGUCAAGGCAAAUCUUGAGUGGUCUUGUCUACCUGCACAGCCACGAUCCACCAGUAAUCCAUAGAGACUUAAAGUGUGACAAUAUAUUUGUGAAUGGAAACCAGGGUGAGGUAAAGAUUGGAGACCUUGGUUUAGCAACUAUCCUGGAUAAUGCACGUUCAGCUCAUAGCAUCAUUGGUACACCGGAAUUCAUGGCACCGGAACUCUAUGAUGAGGAAUAUAAUGAGCUUGUAGACAUCUAUGCUUUUGGGAUGUGUUUACUGGAGCUUGUUACAUUUGAGUACCCAUAUUGUGAAUGUUCGAAUGCAGCACAGAUAUACAAAAAAGUAUCUGAUGGUGAAAAGCCAGGUUCACUGGCUAAGAUUGAUGAUCCUGAAGUAAAGUUAUUUAUAGAGAAAUGCAUUGCUAAAGCCACUGAAAGACUUUCGGCAAAAGAACUCUUGAUGGAUCCUUUUCUCCUAGAUGUUAGUGAUGAAAAAAUAUUCUAUCCACUGCAUCCAAAUAUUAAUACAUCAGAUACUGGUAGUCCAAAACCAAGCUCUAGUUUCAGAUAUGACAGAGUAGCAUCAUCUGUGGGCCGCCAUGAUUGCUCAGGUAGCAUGUCAGAUUCACAUCCUUCUGAUAACUAUGUACAUGACACCAUGGAUCCACAUGCCACAAUUGGUCAUGCCCAAAACAUCCACUUCCCCUUUGAUAUUGAAGCGGACACUUCAAUCAGUGUUGCAACUGAGAUGGUCGUGCAGCUUGAUCUCACAGAUCAAGAUGUAACGGCGAUUGCAGAAAUGAUAGAUGCUGAAAUACGUUCACAUAUUCCUGAUUGGGCAGCAGAGGAAUCAAUUGACAACCAAGGGGAUGAAGCUGCUCAUUCUGAGACCCACAGUUCAGAAGGUGACGAGGGAACUUCUGAAUUUCGUAGUGAGGUUAAUGCUUCACAUAAUGGCUUUGUUCAAGAACAGCUUCCUUCUGGACGAAAGUACUGGUCGGACUCACCCAGGAGAGACGGUGAAAUAUCACAAUUGGUGGUGGAACCUGAAAUUGGUGAUAGUAUUGCCAAUGGAAUACCAAAGAGGAACAAAAUAGAUGACAUUGUGAGCUGUGCAAGAGGUAAUUCCAUCCAUCCUGUUGAAGGCAUGUUUGAACGAAUAUCAUCAUCUGUGGACUUGUCGAACUCAUCUGUGGUCGACAGCAUGUCUAGGGAAGCUUCUGUUGGUAGCAGCCCUCGCUCUUUAGAUGAUCGGGAUCACAGUUCUGAUUGGCAUCUGGUAGCAGACGUCACCGAGAGGUUAAUAAACCUGUUGGCUCAGCAGCAAGAGGAGCUUAGUGCGCUGCAAAGGAAGCAUAAGGCAGACAUAGAGGACAUAUUGAAAAUUGUACCUGCAGAGGAUCGGGAAGAGACCUUAACUCGAUGCCGCUUGAAGAUGGAACAGAAAAACAGAGCCGACAAACCUUAG